GAAGCCGAGAUGGAACAUUUGAACAGGAAGACUCGUUUGAUUGCUCUCUGAGGUGUGGGGUUGAUUUUAGGAAGACGGUUUUUGUGGUUGUAAUUUAAAAUAUUUAUACAUAUAUUUGGUAUUAAUUUAAAUUUAUCAGAUUAUCUAUUCAAAGAAGUAAUAUAUAUGGCGAGGACAUGGCUGCAGAAGUGACCCAGAUUGCUGAACAGCUGUCACUUGGGGAGCUGUAUGUCUCUGAUAAAGAAGGAGAUGAUUCAACUGGAGAUGGGACUAAAGAGAAACCUUUCAAAACUGCAUUGAAGGCAAUGUUGUUUUAUGGAAAGGAACCAUUUCCCAACAUUUAUGUCGACUCACAAAAGGAUGAUGAGCGCUGGGCUCUUAUAUCUAAAACCCAGAUGAAGAGUGUUGGAAAGCUCUGGCAUCGGGAACAAAUGAAAAAUGAAGCCAAAGAUAAAAAAGAGGCGGAAGAUGCAAUUCGCAGAGAAAAGAACUUGGAAGAAGCUAAAAAGAUUGUGAUCAAGAAUGAUCCUAGUCUUCCAGAGCCUGAAACACUGAAGAUUCGAUCUCUGGAGGAAUUCAGGGGUCGUCGUGUGAAAGUGUUUGGCUGGGUGCACAGGUUGCGCAGACAAGGGAAGAACCUGAUGUUCAUAGUUCUUCGAGACGGUACAGGCUACCUGCAGUGUGUCCUUACUGAUGAGUUGUGUCAGUGCUAUAAUGCGAUGGUCCUGUCCACUGAAAGCACUGUUGCGCUUUAUGGAACGCUGAAGCUUGUGCCAGAAGGGAAGCAAGCUCCGGGAGGCCAUGAGCUUCACUGUGAUUUCUGGGAGCUGAUUGGCUUGGCUCCAGCCGGUGGUGCUGAUAAUUUGCUCAAUGAAGAGUCGGAUGUGGACGUGCAACUGAACAACCGGCACAUGAUGAUCCGUGGAGAAAACAUGUCCAAGAUCCUGAAAGUGCGCUCUGCUGUUACACACUGCUUCAGAGAGCACUUCUUUAGCCGGGGAUACAAUGAGAUCACACCCCCUACCCUGGUGCAGACUCAAGUCGAGGGAGGAUCCACUUUGUUUAACCUGAACUACUUUGGGGAAGAGGCAUACCUAACCCAGUCUUCCCAGCUCUACCUGGAAACAUGCAUUCCAGCCCUGGGAGAUACCUUCUGUAUCUCCCAGUCCUACCGCGCAGAACAGUCUAGAACACGCAGACAUCUGUCAGAAUACACUCACGUUGAGGCAGAGUGUCCAUUCAUUACAUUUGAGGACCUGCUGAACCGUCUGGAAGACCUGGUUUGUGAUGUUGUGGACAGGGUUCUGAAGUCUCCAGCUGCUGCCAUGCUUUAUGAUAUUAACCCAGAUUUCAAGCCCCCUAAACGUCCUUUCAAGAGAAUGAACUACCCAGAGGCCAUUACCUGGCUGAAGGAGCACGAUGUGAAAAAAGAGGAUGGGACCUACUAUGAAUUUGGAGAAGACAUUCCUGAAGCUCCUGAGAGACUCAUGACUGACACCAUCAAUGAGACCAUCCUGCUUUGUCGCUUCCCAGCUGAGAUCAAGUCUUUCUAUAUGCAGCGCUGCCCUGAAGAUAGACGCCUUACUGAAUCAGUUGAUGUACUGAUGCCUAAUGUUGGAGAGAUUGUUGGAGGGUCAAUGCGUAUCUGGGAUAGUGAAGAACUGUUGGAAGGCUACAAGAGGGAAAAAAUCGACCCCACUCCCUACUACUGGUACACAGAUCAGCGCAAAUACGGCACCUGUCCUCAUGGUGGGUAUGGUCUGGGGCUGGAGCGAUUCCUGACCUGGCUGCUGAACAGACACCACAUCCGGGACGUGUGCUUGUACCCACGCUUCAUCCAGCGCUGCAGACCUUGAGAAGCAUCCCUUCAUCAAUGGAAAACAACAGUCCUCUCUAAACAUAGCAUAGAAAUAAUUAUCCUUUAGAAAUCAGAUUCUUAAAUAAGCAAACGUUGCAAACCGGCUAUAUGCUUUUUUUUCUCUCCUUGAUUUUACAUUAUGAGAUUAUUAUGCUCUUAUUGUAUGACUUGUAUUGUAAGACUUGAAUGUAUUUGUAUUUGCUUGCGAUUGUAAGUCGCCCUGGAUAAGGGCGUCUGCUAAGAAAUAAAUAAUAAUAAUAAUAAUAAUAAUAAUAAUAAUAAUGUUAGUUGUCUGUAAAAACAGUUGUAAGUUUUGCAUUAAAGGUAUAUUAAACGUUCAGACAAGGCUUGCAUACAGCUAGUUUUAACUAGCAUGAAUUCAGCACAUGCCCUGGAAUGUAUCACAGGUCGUAUAAUUGGGUCUUGUGUGAAGGAGGGGGUGUAUGGCUGGCUGAAUUAAGUGACUGACACUCAGCUUGUAAAGAAGGGAGAAAGGAGCUGCUAUUUGCAUUCCUUGCUGAUUUUGGGUGUAAUUGUUAGCAGACAUGUCUCUUGUCACGUACACUGAAUGCUUGUAAACCGUGGUUGCAGUUAACCUUUAUAUACUGGGUAACUGUGACUCAGUGCGCAGACGAACAUCUACUGACACCAUUAAAGAAACACUCCUCUGCAGCUCCGAGCAACAUCAAAUUGAGUUCGGAGAGAGGGCUCAAAUACAACAUCUACUGAUGCCAUCAAGAGAGGCGCUGCUUUGAAACUCAGAUCAACACCAACUGACUGAGGAGACACCCUGCAUUUUUGUACUCAAGCUUUGUUCUUUGCUUUUUCCACAAUAAAAUGCUUUGUUAUUUUUCACAA